GCCUCUUGAUUGGGACAUACUCUAGCAAACUUUACCUUUCACUUUCUCUAACCAUUUUUUUAUUCUUGGAAAUCUUAUUUGCUUUGAGACAAAUUCCUGUAUUUGCAUGUAGUUGUCACAACAGUAGCGUAUCUCCUUCUGGAUUUGAAUAUUCAAUUAUUUAUACCCUUUUGGGGGUGGGGCUAGGCACGGAUUCGGUUUUUUAAUAUACCGGAUUUUGGGUUCCUUCAUGGGCAUGCAUUUGGCAUUUUAUGAGGUUCAGGGUUGGAUUUGGAUCAAUGGGUGUCUAUAAAGUUUGAAACUUUGUUUCUAGGAGUGGUGGUUUCAGUUAAGGGGUGGUUUUGCAGUUUUCUUUUUUUCUUUUUGGGUUGAAGGGGAUGGAUAUGACGGAAAUUUCAAUCUUGCACCAUGUGGGGAUUGUGCUGAUUGCGAUUUGGAUUCUCUCUGCACUCAAUUCGUGCCACUCCGUUGUUUAUUUUGUAGCUUUGAUUUAUCUUUUCCUGGUCCAUGAGCGUUUUGUUACGAGGCUGCGGAAGAAGUUGCAGUUUGAGGAGAGGAAGCAAGCUAAUCAAAGAAGGGUACUUUCAGAUUCUGAAACAGUCCGGUGGUUGAACCAUGCAGUUGAAAACAUAUGGCCUAUAUGUAUGGAACAUAUUGCCUCUCAGAAGAUAUUAUUCCCUAUCAUACCAUGGUUCUUAGAGAAGUACAAACCUUGGACUGCUAAGGAAGCUGUUGUUCAGCACCUAUACCUGGGAAGAAAUCCACCUAUGUUUACUGAAAUCAGGGUUCUUCGCCAGACUGAGGAUGACCACUUGGUUCUGGAGUUAGGAAUGAAUUUUCUUUCUGCUGAUGAUAUGAGUGCAAUACUCGCAGUCAAACUAAGGAAAAGAUUGGGGUUUGGAAUGUGGGCAAAAUUGCACAUUACAGGCAUGCAUAUCGAAGGGAAGAUAUUAGUUGGGGUAAAGUUUCUCCCAACAUGGCCUUUUCUUGGCCGUUUGCGUGUAUGCUUUGUUGAACCUCCAUAUUUUCAAAUGACUGUCAAACCUAUUUUUACUCAUGGGCUUGAUGUGACUGAACUUCCAGGCAUUGCUGGGUGGCUAGAUAAGUUGCUGUCUAUUGCUUUUGAACAGACCCUUGUGGAGCCCAAUAUGCUGGUUGUUGAUGUUGAGAAAUUUGUUUCGCCACAGCAAGAAUGUUGGUUCUCUGUGGAUGAGAUGGAGCCUGUUGCAUAUGCAAAAGUAGAAGUUAUUGAAGCAACUGACAUGAAGCCAUCAGAUCUAAAUGGUUUAGCGGAUCCUUAUGUGAAAGGUCAUAUGGGUGGAUACAGAUUUAGGACAAAAAUACAAAGGAAAACACUUACUCCAAAAUGGCACGAGGAAUUUAAAAUUCCCAUCAUAACAUGGGAGUCUGAUAAUGUGCUAGUUAUUGCAGUUCGUGACAAGGACCAUUUCUAUGAUGAUAUCCUUGGGGACUGUUCUGUGAACAUCAACGACUUUAGGGAUGGACAAAGACACGAUAUAUGGCUGCAACUUGAGAACAUGAAAAUGGGGAGACUGCGUUUGGCAAUAACUAUUCUUGAAGCUAAUGGAAAGGAAAACAUGGAGUUUGAAGUACGAAAAAACUCAUUUGGAGCACAUAACACUGCUGAUAAUAGUUCCCCUUCACAUGUUCCACCUGAAAAUUCUCAGAAGUUGGCAGAUAACUAUGAACCUAUAGACAUUGAAGGACAAAAGGAGACAGGAGUUUGGGUUCAUCACCCAGGAAGUGAAGUUUCCCAAAAGUGGAAGCCUAGGAAAGGGAAGAGUCGGCGCCUUGAUACUGAAAUUCGUGGAGAAUCUAAUGAUUUAGUUGGCAGCGGUAGAUCAACCGAAUCUGGAUCCUUGAACAAUGACAGCAGCAGUUCUGAUAACAAUCCCGAAGAAAAGCACCGGCUGAGAUCGUUCAGGAGGGGUCUGCACAAGAUUGGUUCAGUAUUCCACCGAAAAAGGGGGGAGGAGCCGGUUCAAGAGGACACUCUAUCUCCACGUGAUAACAUUAGGGCAAUGAAUUCUAAGGGGAUGAUUGGUGUGAAGUUUGUGAUGGAUGAGAACAUUUCUGACUUUCCAACUCCUAAGGUUCAGGAAGAAGGGGGUUCGAUUGAAGAGAGUGGUUCUGAAAUCCCUGCAAAGGGAAAUGCGAAGGAUGUUGCAAAGAAUUUUUUGAAACAAGCAGCAGGAAAAUCGGCUCGAGGCUUCAAACAAGUUAUUUCUUGUAAAUCAAGGAAAUCUAAAGAUGAGUCUCAAGCACUUCCAGAAAGGGUAAACGAAUCUGAUUCUUCAGAUGAUGAAUCUCCCAAAGUUGAAAGAAUUUCAGUUGGUUCUGAGGCUAUGGCCCCAGGCAGCAAUGGUUCCCCCAAUUCUAAGGUACAUGUGGUUCAAACAGUUCCUUCUAACACUCAUGAGGACAAUGAAGCCCCAAUGAAUGUAGCUAACGUAAAAGAUGACCCUGAAAAGGCAUCUUCCCCUGAAAGGUCAAGUAAAGAGUUUGUUAAAUCUGAUGAAUUGGAGCAUGUUAAAGAGGAAAUUGUGGGUAGAUAAAAAUUUUGCCACUUUGGUCCUCUGAAGAAUAUGUCUCAAAGAGCAUACUUGGUCCAGCAGUGUGUCUUGUACAGUAAGGUCUUGGGAGUUUUCUAAAAUACUGGCAGAUUUUGAUUGCAGGAACAGUAGUUGUGGUGAUGGAUGUAAACAAGUUUGGGUUUCUGAUGCUGCAGUUUGUAAGCAACUAAGCAUGUAAAAUGAAUAGCUUUACAUAUAUACAAGGAAAAAACAUUUACAAUGA